AUGUACGUCAAUGAAAUGCUAGGCAAAUCUCCUUCUCCAAGAAAAAAUGGAAAAGGUCUGGGAUCAGUUCCGAAACCAACGGAAAGGCACCGGGAGUCAGGAGAAAAUACCCCGCUGAUGAAAAGGUUAGGUUCUACAGAUAGAUAUAGGACAUUUCGAUACGAUACAGACACUGAGGAAAGUAGUAUUCAUGAUGACUCCCGGUCAGAAUCAGUAUCAUCUUCCUUCAAUUUUCUGACUUCUACUCCUAGGACUGUUCCUUACCAGGUUUCCAGUGAUGUAUCGUUAAAGAGGAAAAUUUGUUAUUAUAUUCCCUGCUAUAGCUGGAUUAAGGAAUACAAACUCGAAUAUUUUGGUUAUGACUUACUGGCUGGGUGGACGUUAGCUUCUUACCAGAUACCUCUAUCAAUGUCAUUUGCCACUGCUGUGGCACAUGUUCCCACUUCAUCUGGUCUAUUGGGACUAACUAUCGGUCCAAUGGUAUAUUCCCUUUUGGGAACUGUUCCUCAAAUGAUUGUGGGUCCCGAGGCCGCCGUUUCAAUGAUUAUAGGACAGUGCAUUGAACGAACAACAAAACAUGAUCCAUCAAUUGACCCUGUGGAUGUUUUGUGUAACUUAACUUUUCUUUCGGGUCUGAUUCUAUUUACGUUUGGAAUAUUGAGAUUCGGAUUUCUUGAUAAUGUUUUAUGUGGAACACUACUCAAAGGAUUCAUAACAGCCAUUGGACUUUCUAUGAUUUUAAACUCUUGUAUUGCUAUAUUGGGCUUAGAGGAAAUAAUGGAAAAUUUACCUCCCACUGUUCAUGUCCACUCUGCCAUUGAAAAGUUUCUGUUUUUAGUCCAUUAUUGGAGAGAAUACCAUAGAAUAACAGCCAUUGUAGGUAUACUUUCCUUUCUAAAUUUACUUUUUUUGGGCUUUUUGAAAAAAAAGCUGAUCAAAAAGAAAUUUAAGAAAGUUUCAUACUUUCCAGAAAUAUUAUUCACUAUUAUUUUGUUUACAAUUUUUUCCUAUGCUCUUGACUUUGAAGGUAAAGAAGUGUCUGUGAUUGGUGAAGUCUCCUUAGAUAAUUUGAAAUUGAAGAAUCCAUUCUCUUCAGUAAAUAGAGCUCAUUGGGGGGAGCUAUUUCCCAUUGCAUUUGCUUGUGCGAUCCUCGGGUUUUUUGAGACGUCCACUGCAGGUAAGUCUUUGAGCUCCACACUUGAAACGCCGGUCUCUUCAAAUAGAGAAUUGGUUUCAUUAGGGGUUGUGGGUAGUGCUGUUUCAUUGUUUGGUGCGCUGCCUGCAUUUGGUGGUUAUUCUAGAUCAAAGCUGAAUGCAGUGCUUGGUGCCAAGUCUCCAGUAUCUGGCUUAUGCAUGGGACUAACAACCCUUUUUGUUACUUUCAAGAUGUUGAACAGCGUGUACUAUUUACCAAUAUGCGUUUUAAAUUCUGUUAUUGCAGUUGUUGGUUGGAAAAUGAUUGAGGAAACUCCAAGUGAAAUAAAAUUUCAUAUACGUACAAGAGGUAUCAACGAAUUGGUUACAUUUGUGGUCACACUAUUAGCUUCCUUGUACUACUCUAUCGAGAUUGGUGUUGCACUAGGGUGUUUCUACUCAUUGAUGAGGGUUUUGAAGCAUUCCACACAAUCACGAGUUCAAAUUUUAACAAGAGUAGCUGGUACUGAUACUUUUGUUAAUCCUGAUGCAAGAGAUACAAGCACCGAAUCUUUUCCUAGGAAAAUCGACAACUACGUUGUUCCCGGCUAUAAAGAGUUUCGUCGCCAAUCCAUUAUUGGAUAUCAGUCUUUGGCCAAUGUAGUAGAAGGGGCGUCUUCUGAACAAAAUGCGGAGUAUUCCCUAUCCAACACAGAACUAAAAAAUUCCGAUAUUUUUCCUAAGUUAGAAGAUCGUGAAGGUUGUAUUAUUGUCAAAAUAGCAGAACCCUUAACUUUCUUUAACGCUAAUGAUAUGAGGGCAAGAUUGAAAAGAAUUGAAUUGUACGGAUCAACAGCUCAACAUCCUGGUGCUAAGUCAAUUAGAAAAGAAUUGAGACACAUUGUUUUCGAUUUACACGGAAUGACGAGUAUCGAUUCAUCCGCCACAAAGACUUUCUACGAAUUAAUUGAAGGGUAUCACAGGAGAGGCAUAAAUGUCUUUUUUACCAGACUUUUCAAAAGUAACCACUUGUUCAAGUUGCUCAAAGAUUCAGGUAUUCAAGAAUUGCUGUCCGAAGUUGAUGGUGAGGAAUUUGGUAUUCACCAAACUAGAAGACCAUAUUACGAUAGUAUAUUAGAUGCAUUAAAGGCAAUAGAUAAAAUUGACGCCACAUGUGAUUGGGAGACGCAUUCGAUUUACUCCACUAUUGGAAUAGAUUAA